AUGAAUUUACACAAUUUUGUGCGAUGGCGAGUCUGGAUACUCAGCUUCGUACUGUUCAGCAAGUCCGUACAUUCGGACGCAUCUACAGUGCAAUGUGAGUUUUUGGAAAGAAAGUUCUUGCGGAUUUUGGAAAAAGUUAAUUUUUUGUUUGUUUUUUAGUUGUUUUAACUUUAAAAUGGUAUAUUUUUAAAAUUUUUGCAAUUUUUAGGGUUUUUUUGACUGUAAAGAAAAUUCUUGCGGUUUUCUUCAAAACUUUAUAUUUCAAGCUGAAAUUUUUCUUGAGGGUUAACUAUGGCAUUAGUAACAUAAUCCCAAUUUUCCGUUUAAAUCCUUAUGGCGCUGUAAAGAAAGUUCUUGCGGUUUUUCAAAUCUCUCCAAAAUUUAAAAACUUUUCUUUGAAAAUAAUUAAAAAUACUGUUUUAAAUUCAUUUUUAAUGUCAAAAAUUAUUUUCUGUUACAGUAUCAGCCCCAUUCCGAUCCAGUCCACCAGGAACGCGGCCGUUAGUCUCUGGAACGACGAAUCGGCACGGCCAAACCGUCUGCGCGGAAAACGAGUUCCGCUGUGAUGACGGGCAUUGUAUUCGCCUGGAAUGGAAAUGCGACGGUUCUGGGGACUGUGCCAACGGCGAGGACGAAAAAGAUUGUCGUAAGUUUGGCUUAUCUACUAUAAUAUCGGCUUUCAGCCACUUCCUGAAACUUUUUAAAAUUUUAAUUUAUAAAGAAAGUUGAAAAACAUAUUCGUAUUUUAAAUAUAUUUUCAGCCCAUCCCGGCUGCAAAGCAGACCAAUGGCAGUGUGAUAGGUAUGAAUGGCACUCAGUAUCAUGUAUCGCUGAAUACCAACGAUGUGAUAACAUUACUGAUUGUGCUGAUGGGUCAGAUGAGAAGGAUUGUCGUAAGUUAUUUAUAUUUUAACACAUUUUUGUAUUUUAAGUCCGUUUUUACUGUAAAAUCAAAAAUGAGGGUUCUGCACGCUGCGCAUUUUGGGCGCAGGUUGCAAAAACAAUAUUUCGCGAUUUUAUUGUAAAAUAUGUUUUUUGGAUAGUAAAUACCUGUAAAACAUUAAGAUAAGCCUUUUAAAGUUUAAUUUAUCCUUUUUUAAUUUAAAUUUUAUUAUUUAAUGACCUUUUUCAGCCGCCGCCCCAGUUUCCUGCGAUGUUGGAGAUGGAUCUGUGUUCCAAUGCGCGGACGGCCGACAAUGUUUCCCAAUGAACAAGAAAUGCGACGGCCUAUACGAUUGCCGAGACUUGAGCGAUGAAAAGGACUUUUGUGGCUCCAAUCACACCGCUUGCUUCCAGUAUCAGUUCAGAUGCGCCGACCAUUCCCAGUGCAUUCAAAAGUCGUGGGUUUGCGAUGGAACGCCGGAUUGUGCCGACAAAUCGGAUGAACCCCCGACUUGUGGUAGGUCUUUGUGAUUUUGUUCGAAUCUAGAUAUUCAAAUCUUCAAGUCUAGAUGUGAGAUUUCGAAGCGAAAACUAUUGAACGGAUUAAAAAGCGAAAAUGCGCGAGAAAAGGGCGAAUUUUGAUGAGAGAUUCGGUCUAUGAUAACAUAAUACUGCGAAAGAAGUUUUUAACAGAAGGAAAACUGGUUUGAAAGCUUGAAUAUAGUCUUAUGCAAUUUUUGAAAUUUGUUUUGAAUAGUUAAAAAUGGAAUUAACUGAGGUAUUUGAGGGAAAGUAAGAACAACACAUCAAAGUUAUAUUACCUUUGAAAACGUUGAUGAAUUUAAACUAAAUUGGAGAAAAAUACUAAUUGAAAUGGAUAAAAUAAGAAGCAUAAACUUUUAUAAUUGUAGAUACAAUAGUUUUAUGUCAGUUCAAAAUGGUUUUAUUAUGUUUUGGAGCAAUAACAGUAACAUCACUUUAGAUUUAUACUAUUCUUGAAAAAAAUUCAUUUGAAAAUAUAAUGGUUAUUGCUAUUUAAACAUUGUAAAAUACGCAUUUCUUCAUUUUUUUUAAAAAUAGCAAAACAUAAUGUUUUUAUUUUAAGUUGAUAUAAUUAUAACAUUUUAAUUAUUAUUACAAAAAAACAUUUCAAAUCACACUUUAUACCUCAAUAUUACCCAUGAUUCUAUUCCAGAGUUCAAGCCUUGUUCUGGCGGAGAUUUCCAAUGCAAAAACAAACGUUGUAUUCCUCGCAAGUUCCAUUGCGACUACUACGAUGAUUGUGGAGACAAUUCUGAUGAAGAGAACUGUGGGGAAUAUCGUUGUCCGCCAAAAAUGUGGCCAUGUCCAUCAAGUGGGCACUGCAUUGACGAGGAGAAGCUUUGCGACGGAAAAGAUGAUUGCAAAGAUGGAGCUGAUGAGAAGAACUGUACUCACAAUCUUUGUCCUAGUCUGGGGUGUCAAGCCGGUUGUCAUGCCUCGCCAACCGGUGGGGUCUGUACUUGUCCUCAGGGCUACAAACUUGACUCGAGGUUUAAAAGAACUUGCUCUGAUAUAAACGAAUGCUCUGAGUUUGGAUAUUGUGAUCAGAACUGUCAGAAUCACAAACCCGGCUUCACUUGUCAAUGCUUGGGGUCGUGUUAUACGUUGGAGAUGAUGCACAGUGGCAACAACAGUAUCCGCGGCUACUGUGUCUCGAACGAAGCCGAGAAGAUGAAGCUCUACGUGGCGCGACGUGAAGGUCUAUAUCUUUUGAAUCCGGCCAAAACUGACGAUGUAAAACGAAUUUCGACCGGUGAAUUCAUCUACGGUGUAGCGUUUGACUACUCGGAUCGUAAGAUCUUCUGGACUGACAGACUAGGCCACUCAGCCUUUAGAGCCGAGCUGAAGGAGGAUGGUGACAUUGAGAAUCUGAAGAAGUUGGACUUGAAGAGCUUGAUUUAUCCCAGGAAUCUGGCUGUUGAUUGGAUUGCCAACAACUUGUAUAUUGUGGAAUCUGGAUCAAGGAGGAUUGAUGUCAGUGAUUAUGAAGGAGUCAAGAGGACGGUGCUGCUGGCUGAUGGAUUGACUUUGCCGCUGGAUAUUGCACUUGAUCCGUUGAGAGGGUAAGGAUAGGUUUAUAAAAAUUUUUAAAAUAAAAAUUGAUUUUUUGGCUUUUUAGGCUUAAAUUUAAUAAUUUUAAGCCUAAAAUAUAAUUUUUAGAUUUAAAAAAGCAAGUUUUAAGUCUAAAAUUGGUUAAUGUUACCUAAUUUCAGUGACAUGUUCUUCUCCAACCAGUUCAAGCUGGAAGCUUGCUCCAUGGAUGGUACUCGUCGCCGUACUCUCAUCAACACUCAUACUCAUCAAGUCAGCGGUGUUGUUGUAGACAUCCCAGGCAAGCGAGUCUACUGGGUCGAUCCCAAAGUCGACCGAGUCGAGUCCAUUGACUACGACGGUAACGAUCGUCGCAUUGUGGCUACAGGCAUGAACAAUGUACCACAUCCAUUUGGUCUGACUUUAUUCGACCAAUACCUGUACUGGACUGACUGGACUAGGCUUGGUGUGAUGAAGGUGGAGAAGUUCGGGUCGGAAACGCAAGAGGUCUGGAUCAAGAAGGAGAACAACGUGUUCCCUAUGGGCAUCGCUGCGUAUCAUCCACUGGUGCAGCCUGGUCCCGAACACUCCGAGUGCUUCCAACAACAGAUUCAGAAUCCCUGCGCCAACGCCGACUGCCAAGGCAUGUGCAUCAUUGGCAAAGACGCGAGUGGCUUUGGCGUGGGCUUCAGAUGCGCCUGCCCCAUCGGUCAGAAGCUGGUCGACGGCAAACGAUGCGCUCCAUCAAUCGACUAUCUCCUCUUCAGCAGCAACAAGGUCGUUCGAGGCAUCUACCCCAACAUGGUACAAGGAGCACUAGCUGAAGCCAUCCUGCCGAUCAGCCCAAUCUCACAACGACGAAUUGGCAUGUACUUCUCGGUCGAAUGUGACGUUCACGGUGGCAGCUUCUUCUACGCCGACAUCAUGGACAACACUGUCUACAGAGUAAAGCCAGAUGGAGAAGGAUCGGCUCCAAUCUUAGUCACUCACAAUGAUGGACUAAUUGCAAUGAGCUUUGAUUGGCUGUCGAAGCAGUUGUAUUAUGUGGAUAAUAUCAGGAACUCGUUGGAGGUGGUGAAGGUGGCUGAACAGGUAAGGGAAGGCAAGGGUUUGGGGUUGUUAAAUUGAGGGUUUGGGGUGAAUAAUUAAAUUGAGAGCUUGGGGUAGAUUUUGGGGUUGUUAUCUUUAUUUUUUAAAUUGAGAUUGCUUGCUGGGGCCUAAACUUCUAUUUCUAACCAUUUAAAGGAUAGUAUGUUACCUAAACUUCUUUUUUUAAAUCAUUUUAAGCCUUGUUUGUUACCUAAAAUAUAAUUUUUGAUAAUUCAUAAUGUUUUCUGUUACUUGUAAAAUAACUUUUUUAUGUUUUCAAGGUGUUUUGUUACCUAAAAUUUUAAUUUUUAUAAUUUUUUUGUGUAUUUGUUACCUAAAUAUCAUUUUUAAUUCUUUUAAAUAGAUUUUAUUACCUAAAAUUUGACUUUUUAAAUUUUGAAGGAUUUUUAUUACCUAAACUUUUAUAUUUUAAAAGUCUUGGGCUUUUUUGUUACCUAAAAUUUUGAAUUUAAAAAUUUAAGCCAAUUUUAUAUCUUACCAAUUGAUUUUAGGGCCUGGUCCACCCAGACCAACUAGUACGUCGUCAGCUUCUGAAAGGCCUCAACGAUCCAGUAGCCAUCGUGGUUCAUCCAUGGAAAGGUCUUCUCUUCUACGCCGAAGCAUCACGUCCAGCCAAGAUCAUCAAGUGUAAUAUCGAUGCCACAGGCUGUGAAGUGAUCAGAAACCAAUCGUUAGGCCGACCAUCAGGAAUGGUAAUCGACUACAGUGACAACAAGUUGUGCAUAAGUGACAGUCUUCUGAAAUUCAUCGGUUGUAUGAACUUUGACGGCUCGGAUUGGACCACCAUACCGGUCGAUAAUGCCAUUCCGGUCGCGUUGACAUUGCUGGAAGGUGAGUAGGUUGGACUAAAUGUCAAAAUUUUGGUGGGGUUUCAAGCGAACUAUCAAAAUAUAAAUAUAAAACGUUUUUGACGAAAUGUCACACGUUUUAUUGGUUUUUUUAGACGAAGUGUCACAAAUUUUAUUAAAAAAAUAUUUUUAAUUUAAAAUGUCAAAAAUUGCAUGAGAAUGAGUUUAAUGUAUUUAUGAACACAAAUUUUAUGAAAAAAUGUUUUCGACGAAGUGUCAAAAUUUUAUUGGAAAAAUAUUUUUUACAAAAAAUGGUAAAAAUAGAUCAAAUAUGACUUUUAUAAACAUGGUUAUUCAAAUUGUAGCAAAAAAGUUUUUGAACGAAAUGUCACAAAUUUUAUCGGAAAAAUAUUUCCACUUUUAGACCAUUUCUUCUUCAUCCACCAACGUCCCUACUCGAUCCGCAAGGUCUCGAAGAAGUUCGGAGGAACAGCGGCCGUGAUCCGUGACUUUUCAAAGGAAGAACGUUCAGUCUUCUCACUCAAAGCCUGUUCAUUCGAAAACCAACCAAUCCCAGAAACCCAUCAAGAACACCCUUGUCACGAACACGACUGUGCUCAUCUGUGCUUCGCCGUUCCGAACGAUUCCAAGAACUCCGAAUCGGCUACACUCACGAAACGAUGCGGCUGCAAACAAGGCUUCAAACUGAACCCAGAAAACCAACGAACCUGCACACCAGACCCAACAGAAGUCGUGGAAAGCCUGUGCCCAAGGAAUGGCACUCAAUUUCAAUGUAAUAACGGCCGAUGCAUUCCACAAGAAUGGAAAUGUGAUGGUGAAGAUGACUGUCUAGAUGGAUCGGACGAAAAGGAUGAGAACGGUGAGAAAUGCUUUAAGGAAAAGCCAUGCCCAGACCAAACUCUCAAGUGUAACAACACAAAGAAGUGCAUCCCAAUGCAAUAUGCGUGUGAUGGUGAUAACGAUUGUGGAGAUUACUCGGAUGAAGACACCAAGUAUUGUAAGGACGGCCAACACCCAAUGUGCGGCGCCAAGAAGUUCCAAUGUGACAACCACAGAUGUAUUCCAGAGCAAUGGAAGUGCGAUUCUGAUAACGAUUGUGGAGAUGGAUCGGAUGAGAAACUUGAGAUUUGCAAGAAUUCAACUUGUACUGCUAAUCAGGUAUGGUGGGGUAGGGAAGGAUAUGGUGAGGCUGGACAGGGUAGGGUAAGGUAGGAUAGAUGAAGAUAAGGUAGGGUAGUGUAUGUUAGCGUAGGCUAAGGUAAAGUAGGGUGGGGCAUAGUAAUGUAAGGAGGGUAAACUAGCUUUGCAGUAAUGGGAAUCUAAUCUACUGUAAUAUAAAUCAUAUAAAUUACUAAUAACUUAAAUUUUUUAGUUUACUUGCGGCAACGGCCGCUGUAUCCCAGUCUACUGGCUCUGCGACGGUGAUAACGACUGCUACGACAACACGGAUGAAGACAAAGCUCGCUGCCCACCUCAACAAUGCCGUUCCGACCAAUUCCGCUGUGCCAACGGUCGCCAAUGUAUCCCGCUGAAGAAUCAUUGUGACGGCCAAGAUGACUGUGACGAUGCAUCAGACGAGGAUUCAUGUGUCAUCAACGAAGGAGCAUGCACAGACGACCAGUUCAAGUGCGUAACCAGCGGCAUCUGUAUCCCGAAGGCGUGGAAAUGCGACGGCCGAGAAGAUUGUGACGAUGGAUCGGAUGAACCCAAGUCACUAUGUGGCCAAACUCAAUGUCCAUCGGAUCACAUCAAGUGCAAUAACGGCCGAUGUGUCUUCAAAACCUGGCUUUGUGAUGGUGAAGAUGACUGUGGAGAUCUAACGGACGAGUCUCCCGAACAUGGAUGUCGUCGACCAGAAGCCGAACUCACCAAAUGUCCAUUCGAAGAGGUACCAUGCCCCAACUCACCCGAACAAUGCAUACCUACACAUCAGCUCUGCGAUGGCAAGGAUCAUUGCCCCGGAGGAACGGACGAAGGCGGCCGAUGUGCCCGUGAUCUAUGUAGUGCUGACCGAGCCGGCUGCCAAUACAAAUGCCAAAUGACUCCGGACGGUCCAAUGUGCACAUGCCCAUUCGGUGAAGCCUUGGCCAACAAAACUCACUGUGAGCCAGAGAAUGAAUGUCUCGACCCAAGGUCGUGCUCACAACGCUGUACCGAUGAGAAGCACGGCUUUACCUGCUCAUGUGACAUGGAGUACGUACUAUCACCGGACAAAAGAACUUGCAAAGUAGCCGAAAACCGCACUGACAUGAGAGUCUACGUGUCAAAUCGCAACCGCAUCUACUGGUCGGACCCAUCACUCGAAAACUGGCGAACCUUCGCCGCCCAAGUCGAGAAUGCGGUAGCAAUUGCAUGGGACUCAGUAUCAGAUCGUAUCUUCUGGUCUGACAUCCGAGACAAGAAAAUCUACUCGGCUAGCCGCAACGGCACCGACGUGGAAGUCUUCAUCGGCCAAGGACUAGACAUAACAGAAGGAAUCGCUGUGGACUGGGUCGGCCGCAACCUGUACUGGGUAGACAGCAGCUUAAACACGAUCGAAGUAGCAUGUCUAGACAAGAAAGGCGUACGAGCAGUACUACUUCAUGAGAACAUCGAUCAACCAAGAGGACUGGCCCUAGACCCACGAGAAGGCCUAAUGUUCUGGACUGAUUGGGGCCAAAACCCACGGAUCGAACGUGCUAAUAUGGAUGGUACUGAUCGGAAAAUCAUCGUACACACAAAGAUUUACUGGCCAAACACCAUCGCCAUUGAUUACACGACGAAGAGAAUCUACUUUGCUGACAGUAAACUGGAUUACAUCGACUUUGUCAACUAUGAUGGAAGUGGCAGAGUACAAGUAUUGGCUGCCACCAAGUAUGUACAACAUCCACAUGCUAUGGCAAUCUUCGAAGACAUGAUCUACUACAGUGACAGAAGGCUGCAGAGAUUGCAGGUAAGAUUAAAUGUUUUGAUAUUGUAGCUGAGUUUUGACUUUGACGAAAUGCCACAAAUUUUAUAGGAAAUCUAAUUUUUGUGAAAAACGAUAAAUUGCAUCUGAUUUUUUACUUUAAUUCAAAAUUUAAGAUAUUUGAUUAAAAUUUUAUUUUGUGACGAAAUGCCACAAAUUUUAUUGGAAAUUUUACUUUUUGUAACGAAAUGUCACAAUUUUUAUUCAUAAAAUGCUUGUCAUUUUUAAAACAACGUCCGCGUAAGAAUCGAACAUUGGUCAGACAGGGGCGAUGAAAAAUUUCAAACUAUUUUAAAACCGCUCAUUUUUUUGAUAAGAGGUAGCACUUGGGUAUAGAAAUGCAAAAAUAUAAAAAAAUUUUAAAAAUUCCGGUUACGGUAGGAUUACGGUAGGUUUUAAGAUUUUUUUGUAACUGUUGUACUAAAUGUCAGAAUGGAAUGGGACUUUUUUUAAAUUGUUUUUUAUUAUAAGGCAAUCAUUUUAUCUGUUGACAACUUUUUUUUAUUAUGCCCGGAAGGCAUUGAAAAAAAUUAAAAUUUUCAAAAAAACCAUCAAAAUUUUGAAAAAUUUAAAAUUUCUUGGAAAAAAUUUACUAUGUAACAAACUUUUGACAACAGAUAAUGAAAAUACAUGCUCUUACGGUUCUAAUGACACCACGCAUGGGUCAUCUUAGCGGGGCCUGCGGUAGCUACGAAUUUUCAAAGUUGACACCCUAAGGUCAUUUAGCACAGAAUUUGACUGUAAUAUGGUUACAAAUGGUUAAAAAAGAUGCAUGGCACAUAUUGCAAGUUUUAUAAGUGUUUACAAACAAUUUCUUGUGUAUUGCCUCAGGGAAUUUGUAAUUUAAAAAAAAAUUUUUUUUUAAAUUUAAAUUUUAAAAAAUUUUUAAAGAUUGGAAAUCAAAAUAAAUGCCUUGGCUUUUGGUAAGUGACAUAUACAAGAUUUUUACGCAAAAAAAACAAAAAAAAAUUUUUUUGGAAAAUCGGGCCACAGGGGGGGACCUGUGGACGAAAAAAUUUUUUUCAACCUUCCCUUCCCUAGAGAAAAUCCGUAGCGACGUCUCUGUAUAGGUCAUUUAUUAAAAGCCAAGUCAUAUUAUUUUAAUUUCCGAGCUUUAAAAAUUUUUUAAAAUUUAAAUUUAAAAAAAAAUCAAUUUUUUUAAAUUACAAAUUCCCUGAGGCAAUAGAAAGGAAAUUGUUUUAAAGACUUAUAAAACGCUCAAAAUGUGUCAAACACCUUUUUUAACCAUUUGUAACCACAUUACAGUCAAAUUCUGUGCUAAUUGACCUUAGGAUGUCAACUUUGAAAAUUCGUAGCUACCGCAGGCCCCGCUAAGAUGACCCAUGCGCGGUGUCAUUAGAACUGUAAGAGCAUGUAGUUUCAUUAUCUGUUGUCAAAAGUUUGUUACAUAGUGACUUUUUUUCGAGAAAUUUCAAAUUUUUCAAAAUUUUGAUGGUUUUUUUGGAAACUUUAAUUUUUUCAAUGCCUUCCGGGCAUAAUAAAAAAAAGUUGUCAACAAAUAAAAUGAUUGUCUUAUAGUGACAAACAAUUUAAAAAAAGUCCCAUUCCUUUCUGACAUUUAGUACAACAGUUACAAAAAAAUCUUAAAACCUACCGUAAUCCUACCGUAACCCGAAUUUUUAAAAUUUUUUUAUAUUUUUGCAUUUCUAUACCCAAGUGCUACCUCUUAUCAAAAAAUGAGCAAUUUUCAAAUAGUUUGAAAUUUUUCAUCGCCUAUGUCUGAUUCUUGGGCGGACCUUGUUUUAAAGCUUUUCCGACAUUUUUUUAAAUUUUAUUAAGUUUUACAAACAUUCAUAAUGAUAAAUCAUUUCAAAAUUUAUAGGUAUACCCCAAAUACCCGAACGGAACCACUCGCGACUACCCCAGCCACACCUUCAGCAAAGCCCUGGGCGUGGUAGCAGUGCACCCCGUUCUUCAACCUAAAAUCGACAAAAACCCAUGCCAUCAGAAUCCGUGCUCGCACGUUUGUCUCAUCGGCGUGAACGCCACAACGUUCUCCUGCCUCUGCCCCAUGGGUACCACAGCCGGCCCAGACCAUCAAUGCCAAGAAGACCACAAGCCUUUCCUCAUGAUGAUUCAAAAGACCAACAUCAUUGGCUUAAGCAUGGACAAGUUCUUGAACGGCACUCCCGAGCUUGGCGGUAUGACUCCACUGUCCGGCUUGACCAACGCUUUUGACGCCGACUAUGAUCCACAAGAUCGUGAACUCUUCCAUUUGGAGCACGCCACAACCGCACGAAUCAUUGGCGCUACAUUGAUAUCGGACUCGCGCAUCUUCCGCACACAAUUAUCGACCAGUAACAAGACUCAGUUCAGUGCGAAUCAAGUUGUAAACGACCCAUACUGUGUAGCGUUCGAUUGGAACGGCCGAAACCUGUACAUUGGUAACAAAGUGUCACAAACGAUCGAAGUUGUGAGGACUCAUGGCACUAGGGUAAGAUAAAACAUGAUUUUCUAGGUGGAUUUUUAUGUUUGACGAAAUGUCGAAAAAUUUAUUGGAAAAUUUGACGAAGUGUCAAAAAUUUAUUGGAUUUUUUUUACUUUGUCAAUAUGCUAUAAAAUGCGAAAUUUAAACAUAUUUUUUUAUUUUUGUUAGUUAAUUUAAAGUUUUGACGAAAUGUCACAAAUUUUAUUGAAAAUUUGUUCAAGUGUGACGAAAUGUAAAAAAUUUUAUUGGAUUUUUAAAAUUACUGUGAAGUUCAAAAUCACUGAUUUUACUUUAGUACCGAGCAGUAAUCCUCCACAACGAUCAAUCCCCAACCACAGUAGCCCAGCCAGUUUCAUUGGCGGUGGAUUCGGACCGUGGCCUCAUUUUCUGGCUAGACCAAGGCGCUGGAGCCGCGACACGAAAAGUGGCUAGAGCCGAUUUGGACGGAGGGAACCCAUUGGUUAUUGUGAGUUCAGAUCUGUCUGAACUGGAUCAUAUUGCACUGGAUACGACCGGUCAAAGAGUAUAUUACACUGAAGCCAAGGCUGGAAGGGUAGGUGGUUUUUUUUUGGUUUGAUGGGUUGAAAUUGGUUUUAUAGGAUACUGAAUUGAUGCUCAAACUUGUGUAUUGUUUAAUUACCUUUAAAAAUUACCAUACUUUCAUUCCAGAUCACCUCCGUAGCCUACGACGGCCAAGACAAGCACUACGUCCUGAACGACGGUGGCAAACAACCCAACGGUGUAGCCUUUUUCGGAAGCAAACUCUACUACGGUGACACGGCUUUCGACAAGAUCAUGGUUGGUGACAUUGUCAGCGACGGACAACCUCCAGAAUUCCACGACUACAAAAAGGACAUCGACCAGUUGGUGAACAUUCGUGUAGUCGACCCCCGAGGCGCCUCAGCCUCUCACCCAUGUCAUAUCAGCAAUGGCAAUUGUCCCCACCUGUGCAUCCCAAAACAAUACAGUCAAUAUAGUUGUAUCUGUGCCUCGGGCUACCAAAUGGAUAGCUCAAACCAGUGCAAGGUCUACGAUCACAGCUUCCUGGUCGUGGCCAGCAAGAAUCGUGUAGCCGGUGUAGCAGUGGACCAGAGUAAGGCGACAGGAAUAGCACUAGAGCCAAUUGGUGGCACUGCCAUUACUUCCAUCGACUUUGACUACGAAUCCAAGUCGAUUUUCAUCGCGGACGCGGGCGGCCCUAACAAAGGCAUCUACAAGAUGACGAUCGGCGAGUCCGAAGUCAAGGAGAUCGUGAAAAACAACUUUGGCGGCUUCACGGUCAGAUCGUUGGCGGUAGACUGGGUCAACUACAACCUAUACUUUAUCAGUGCCGACUCGGACCGGACUCAUAUUGAGGUAUGUCAGCUGUCAGGCGAGAACCGAAAGAUUCUCCUCAGCACGAAGACCGAAACCCCAACAAGUAUAGCUGUAGACCCGAUCAGUCGCUAUAUCUACUGGGCGGACCAAGGCCAAAAACCUAGUAUUCAACGUGCCAAUCUGGACGGAUCAAACAAAAAAGUCAUCGUAUCAGAAGACCUCAAGGAACCAACCGAUGUUAUAGUAGACCCCAACAGCCACAUGAUCUACUGGACCGACGCCGGCAUGGACGGCAUUUACCGUGUACGACAAGAUGGAGGCAAGCCAGAGCUAGUACGAGGUGACAUUGCCGAAGCCACCGGUAUUGCAUUGCUAGGCCAGAUGAUGUACUGGACUGACAGACGACUGGAAAAGAUAUUCUCAGCCUCCUCCAAACCAAACACCACCCAAAUGGUCCUCUCCCCAACCACAAUAGCCGCAGGCAUUCAAGACAUGGGUGAUGUGAUCGCAUUCGACCCUCUAGCCCAGCCCAAAGCCUCUUCGCCGUGCCACGUCACAGACAACUUGAGAAAAGCCCCGUGCCCUCAACUGUGCUUCGCCGUGAACGGUAGCCCCACUCCAAUCUGCGACUGUGCCCGUGGAGUACCAAAAGGCCGAACCUGUGAAGAACCGGACACCUACAUGAUGUUCGCGGACGGUGAGAACAUUGUGGACGCACCCAUCGUUCCAGGCCUCAAGAACGUUGCCCCGCGCAAAGAAUCCUUCCCACAAAUCCCAGGCCUUCAGAUGUUCGACGUCGACGUGAACCUGAGGAAGAUCUUCUACGUCACCGAAAGCCCGCAAGGUGCCAACAUCUCCUGGUUCCACAUGAAUCAACCCAAGUCACCCAGGUUAAUAUUCAGCCCAGACCGCAAUCGCAACACUGAGCUUAACUCACGGCACAUCAGCGAUCUAAGACUGGACUGGCUCACUGGAAAGUUGUAUUGGACUACAGGCCGAACUGGUCGAUUAUACGCUCUUGAUGUCGACCGUAAUCAUCUGGCUACAAUAGCUACAGGCGACUGGACUUAUGCCUUGGCUAUCGACCCAUGUGCUGGCCUAGUCUUCUGGUCAGAUUCCGGCUACAAACUAUCAGGUGGAGCUUAUGAACCUCGAAUUGAAAGAGCAAAUGCCGCAGGCGGUGAUAGAAAAGUUAUCGUUGCUACUGACAUCAGUCUCCCAGCUGCCCUAACGGUCGAUUUCCGCGAACAAAAAGUCUACUGGGCCGAUAUCAACCGGUUGAGCAUCGAAUCCUGCGACUACGAAGGCAACAACCGUGUCCUAAUCGGCGUCGGCUACCGCGCAAAGUCCCUCGACAUCUGGCACAACUGGCUAUACCUAACCGACCCACUGGCGAACGGCGUCUUCCGAAUGGACAAAUCGACCGGUAACAACUUUGAAGCCGUCCUCACCGACCGACGAAUCCCAGGCACAGUGCGGAUCUUUGCUUCAGAAGCCGACGUGAAGACCAGAAACCAAUGGUGCAACGCCCACACCUCAGAUCUCUGCAAAAAGAACAAUGGCGGCUGUGAUCAACUGUGCCAUGUCGUUCCACACACGAUUGGUGUGGCCGCAAGCCGAGUACAAUGCGCGUGUAACGAUACCUACGAGUUGGUCCAAGAACCAGGCAAAGACAUUGCUACACAAUGUAUUCUGAGAACAACACAGCACGAGAGUUGUGAAGGACCAUACAAUUUUGUAUGUGAAGGCGAUGGUAAAUGUAUCGCACUGGAUGUAACUUGUGAUGGAAAGCCAGACUGCUCGGAUGGAUCUGAUGAACAUCCGAACUAUUGUUGUAGGUUUUGGAGGGGGUUUUAUUUGAAAAAAAAGCUAUUUUUUAAAUUUUGAAAAAAAUUUUUAAAAAAUUUGAAAUUUAAAAAAAAAAUUGAAAUUUAAAGUUUUUCAAAAGAAUUUUUAUGAAAAUAUAUGAAAAAAUAACUCGCAACAUUUUACUUUGACAGCCCUGUAUUGUAGGUCCACAAGCAAUAAAACACUCAAAAAAUUGAUUUUUCAAAAUGAAACAGCAUAAAUAAUAUACAAAAAUGAAUUUUCUAAACUUUAGGCUAUCUAUAUUUUAAAUUUUAAAAAUUUUUGUAUUCAAAUUCUUUUGUUAUCCACCAUUUAAAUUUGGCUUCUCACUAGAAAACACCCUAAAAUAAGGUUUAUUCGAAGAAAAAGGGUUCAGCUUUUUUUGCUAUAACUUUUUAAAAAAUAAAGAUAUUAAUCUAUAAUUGUUAGUGGAUGUAGCUUAUUUAUUUUGUCAUUAUAAUUCACAAAAAAAAUUUUUUAAGUUUUAGAUUUUAAAAAGUUACUGUAGUUUUACUGGAUGUCACUUUUUUCAAUAUUAUUGAAAAUUGAAAAAAAAACUAGGGUGCGGUAGAAUUACUGUAACUUUUUAAAGUAUACAAAUUGAAAAAAAUUUUUUGGCAAUUUAGAUGACAAUACAAAUAAGCUACGUUAUCAUAAAACUUUAAGGUUUAUCUAAUUUAAAAAAAAGUUAUGACUAAAAUAAGCCAAAAGACGGACAUUUUUUCCCAAAAAAAAUUUAUUUUUGCUUUUUUUCUUAUGAGAUGCCAAAGUUUAAUGUUGAAUAACUUCUGAGUUAGUAUAGAAUAUUCUGAAAUUUAAAAUAGUGAUUGUUUUUAGUCUGAAAAGGUUAUUUUUGGGUAUUGUUCAUGAUCUUUCAGGUCAAAAAAUGAAGUUUUUUAAUUCAAAUUCUGGUGGGGCUUAAAAUGAUAAUAUAUAACUUUGUUGAAGUAACAGUAUGCAAAAAAAAAUUUUAACAAAUCAGGAAUUUUAAAAUUUCAAAAAAAAAUUUUUUUAAUUUCAAAAAUUUCAGUCACCCGCUUCUGUCCCGAAAAGUACUUCCUCUGUGCCAACCGUCGUUGCAUCCAAGACAACAAACAAUGCAACAGUAUCGACGAUUGUGGUGACGGCUCAGACGAACUGGACUGUUCCCCAAUCACAGCCUGUCCAAAUGGCACUUUCGCCUGCGCCAACGGCCAUUGCAUCCCUCAUUCCAAGGUCUGUGACGGCCGAAACGAUUGUCACGAUGAAGCCGUCUCUGACGAGAACUCUAAAACUUGUCCCGGCUUACCCAUCGAUUGUCGUGGAGUUCGAAUCAAGUGCCCAACGACGAAUAUUUGCAUCCAACCGGCCGAUUUGUGUGAUGGAUAUGACGAUUGUGGUGAUAAGGCGGAUGAGAACAAGUUGUUCUGCAUGAAUCAACAGUGCGCUGCUCAUUAGUAAGUGUUUGACUUGAGGCAAUUAUAAUAUUUGGCAUUAGGUUGUCCGAAGCUGGAUGAGCCAAAAUUUUCAAAUUCGGGCGCUUUGAAUGGUUCGUCCAUAUUCGGACGACCUGAAUAGAAUAGGAUCUUAAAACCUGGGUUAACGAUCAUGUUAAGUUGAAUAUGAUCUUUAGAAGUACAAGAAGAUAUAAAAAAGUACAACGAUUUUGAAAAAUCGGAUUUUAAAGUUAAAAAAUGCGGUUUUAGGCCGAAAAAUGAGGUUUUUUUAGCUAAAAAUGCCGUUUUUAUUUCGAAAAAAUUUUUUCUUGUUAAUUUUAACAACUAUUUAUUCUAAAAAUUAAAAAACUAUCAACAAAGUUGCCUCAGGCGAGCUUUUUAGCCGCGAAAAAACAGAAUGCCAAGAACCAGGGUAUUUCGUUGUGGGACCUAAAAAGUUGGCUAAUGUAAAAGCCAUUUUGGGCUUUUGACAGUUUAACAAAAAAAAACUAUAAAAAAGGGUAAUAAUUUUUAAAAAUGUCAUAAGGCAAUAAUUUACUUUGUCUUAUCAAACAUGCAUCUUUAAACUGAAAAUAAUGUAAAAGUUUAAGAAGAACGAUGUAAAACAAGGUAAAAGUUAAUAAAAACUUUUCUAAAUUAUUUGAAAAAUAUAAAAAAUUAACCUAGUGCAAUUUAAAAUGUCAAAAAACUCUAAAAAUUACAAAAAUUUAGGAAAAAGUACUUAAAACAAUAUAAAUCUCCCGCUUUUUUAGUGUAAAAUGCCCUAACGGCCGUUGCAUCCCCGAAACCUGGCAAUGUGAUGGUGACAACGACUGUGGUGAAGGAGCAUGGGACGAAACUCACGCCAAUUGUACCGAUACGACUGGUAAACGCGUCUGUGUGGGCGAAUAUCUACUACAAUGUAACAAUGGCAAGUGUAUCAGCCGUGCCUUCAUCUGCGAUGGUGAAGACGAUUGUGGCGACGGUUCGGACGAAUCUACCAUCCACAACUGCGGCAACCGAACCUGUGGACCGGACGAGUUCCACUGUCCUAGCAACGCGAACCUGGCUCAGCCCAAGUACGAAUGCAUACCCAAGUCAUGGCUUUGUGACGGCGAUGUGACGUGCGCAAACGGCGAGGACGAAGCCGAAGAACUGUGCGGCGUGUCGAAGAAGGAGUGCAACAAAGGGGAGUUCCGCUGUGCCAACAAACACUGCAUCAAUCAGGCGUGGGAGUGCGAUGGUGAUAACGAUUGUCUAGAUGGAUCAGACGAGCACACCAACUGCACAUACUCGGCGUGCCAACCUGAGUUCUGGCAAUGUGCUAAUCAUAAGUGCAUUCCAAACACCUGGAAAUGCGAUGGUAAUGAUGAUUGUGAUGAUGGAUCAGAUGAGAAAGGUUGUGACGCACAAUCGGCUACAACUGGCACUGAUAAGGCUCUAUGUCCAGCUGGUCAAUUCGCUUGUCAAAGUGGAGAUUGUAUCGAGAAUAGUAAAGUCUGUGAUAGGAUCUAUGAUUGUCCGGAUCGAGAUGAUGAAAGCCCACAGUGUUGUAAGUCUUAUUUUAAAUUUUUUGGGAUAAGGUAAUAUUAAGUAGGGUAAGGUAGAGUGUAUUAGGGUAAAAGGUAAGGUAGGGAAGGGUAGCGUAAGUUAGGGCAGGGUAAAGUAAAGCAUAGUACAUUAAGGCAUUAAUUUAGAUCAUGAAUACUUAAAAACAUGCUUUUUUGACAAAAAAUUGUUUCCGAAGGUUUUCGUGCCAGGACACGAAAAAGUUUUUUGAAAUGUAAUUUUUUUCUUUGCUAUAACAUGGCAAGGCGUAUGUAGGUAGAAAAAAGGAUACUUUUGAAUAUUUUACCGCAGAGUGUCAUUUUAGUUUGCUAAAUUUAAAAAGUAUUGUUUUACCUAUCAAAGUUUAAAAUCGAUGUUAUCUUGAAACUAGCUGUUGGGAUGUGUUCAAAAUUGACAUAUUAUACAGAUUUUACUAUGGCAAACAACUUUGUAGUUGUAAGUUUUUUGGUUAGGUUACUGUAACUUAAAAAACAUAACUUUUUUGCAAAAAAAUAGGAUUUUUGUCAAUUUGUUGAAUUUUUUAAAGCUUUUUGGAUUCUAAACUGACAUUUUUAAACUAGGGAGGUAAUGGAAAUGAAAUUUCGAAUCUUAAUGGUUUUAAAAAUUUUAAAAGUUAGAUAAAAAUUAAAAAAUUUUUUUUUAAAAGUUAGAUAAAAAUUAAAAAUUUUUUAUAAAGAGUUAGAUAAAAAUUAAAAAUUUUAUUAAAAAUUUUUAUCUAAAUUUUUCAAUUUUUAGUCGUAAACGAAUGUGAACUGGCCGAAACCCCAUUGUGUGAACAAAAGUGCGUGGACAAGAUCAUUGGCUACAAAUGUGCCUGCUUCGAAGGCUACCAACUUGACAAGGACCAAAAGUCGUGUAUUGAUGCGGACGAAUGUGCUGAUGGAACGGCCAAGUGUUCCCAGAUCUGUGAGAACAAGGUUGGGUCCUACAAGUGUAAAUGCCAUGAUGGCUUUACCUUAUCCAACGAUCAGAUCACUUGCAAACGAGACAAUGCCGAACCUCAACCCUACCUGCUCCUGGCCAACAAGCACUACAUCAGAAGGCUGAGUGCGGAUGGUGCUGUGUACGAACUUGUAGCUCGAGGCUUUGAGAACGUUGUAUCAAUGGAUGUGGAUGUACAUGACAACAAGAUCUACAUGAUGGAUGCGGGCAAGCUAAGACUGUACCGAGUUGGACUAGACAACUUGGGAGCACCAAUCCGAGACUACGAGACUGUGGUCAGACAUAAUGUGUUUGGUACCGAAGGCAUCGCGGUCGAUUGGGUGGCCAAGAAGUUGUACAUGCUCAACAGACAAGACCGAUCGCUAAGAGUAUGUGAACUGGACGGUAGAUACUGUAAAACACUGAUAAGAGACAGAAUCCAACAACCGAAGGCUCUAGUAGUCCAUCCUGAAAAGGGUUACCUAUACUUCUCUGAAUGGUCCCUACAACCCUACAUUGGAAGAGUAGCACUUGAUGGAGGUAAUGGUACAGGUGAUCCAAUCUUCAAGCUAGCCGAAAACGACCUAGGCUGGCCGAAUGCUCUAGCCAUCGAUUACUACAGCGAUAAACUGUUCUGGGCUGAUGCUCAUCUCAAUGAAGUCGGCUGGAUGGACUUGGACGGCCAAAACAGGCACCACAUACCAGCCAAGAGGACCAGUCACAUCUCUUCACUUACAGUAUUCGAUGACACUUUAUUCUGGAGCGAUUGGAACCUAAGACAAGUCAUCAGUGCCUACAAAUGGACAGGACAAAACGAAACAGUACUCGAAACCACCAUUCAGUUACCCAAUGAUCUAAGAGUAGUACACCCCCUCAGGCAGCCACUAUACCCCAACCCAUGUGGUAAUGACAACGGUGGAUGCUCUCACCUAUGCUUGAUCUCAGAAGGCGGCAAAGGCUACACCUGUGCCUGCCCAGAUCAAUUCAUAUUGCUAUCGGACAAGAAAACUUGUGAACCACACUGUACCGAACGCCAAUUUGCCUGCGGCGGUGAAGACGCCAAGUGUAUCAGCAAGUUGUGGUACUGCGACGGCGAAAAGGAUUGUCGCGACGGCUCAGACGAGCCCGGCAAGGACGUCUGUGGCGAACGAAUCUGCCCCGUGGGCGAAUUCCAAUGCAAAAACCACAACUGCACCCGCCCCUUCCAACUCUGCGACGGAAUCGACGACUGCGGCGACCGCAGCGACGAACAAGACUGCGACAAACCCUGCGACCCGUGGAUGUUCAAGUGCAAAGCCACAGGCAAAUGCAUCCCCACCCGAUUCACAUGCGACGGCGAUGAUGAUUGUGGCGACAGAUCAGAUGAAGCCGAUGCCAUUUGCAAAAACCCAGCCAAAAACUGCACCGCCGAAGAGUUCAAAUGCAACAACAACAAGUGCGUCCCGAAAGCGUGGAAGUGCGACAACGACGACGAUUGCGGCGACAACUCGGACGAACCAGCCGAAUGUGCCACCAUGGAAUGCCCGAAGGGCUGGUCAAGAUGUGCUUCCUCCUACCGAUGCAUCCCCGACUGGGCCUUCUGCAACGGCCAAGACGAUUGCCGUGACGAGUCGGACGAAAUCUUGUCAAGGUGCCCAAGUUGCGACGAUAUCGGCGAGUUCAGAUGCGCCACCACCGGUAAAUGCAUCCCAAAAAGAUGGAUGUGCGACUCGGAGAAUGAUUGCGGCGACAACUCGGACGAAACCGACGGAGAGUGCGGAGGAACGUCACGGCCAUGUUCCGAAUCUGAAUUCAGAUGCAACGACGGACGAUGCAUACCACAGAGCAAGGUCUGCGAUGGCACCAUCCAAUGUGCCGACGGACUGGACGAAAGCAAUUGCCAUCUGAAGAAGUGCAACGAAGGCUUCAGACAAUGCGACGAUGGAACAUGCAUCCCAGAACAUAAAUGGUGCGACAGAAGAAGAGAUUGUGCGAACGCGUCGGAUGAAACACAUUGUGAGGAUCAUGUAAGUUGAUUUUUUGGGAAAAUGAAAAGUUUGAUUUUUGAAAUUUAAAAAAAAACUUUCGGAAGUUGAAAAUUAUUGAUUUUUUUUUUUCUUUCAGUUUUAAAAUGCAUUUUUAUUUUAGAAGAAAAAAUUUUAGGAGUUUAAGAGAAAAAUCAAAUUUUUUUAAAAUUUUUGGCAAAAUUUUUGAUUUUUUUAACUUUUUCAACCAAAUAGCUUAUUUCAAUAGCUUUUUUUGCCAUUUUCUUAUAUUAAUUUAAAAUAUUUAUGAGUUUUUAAUUUUUAAGCGUUUUUUAAAUUUAUAUUUUUCAGCCCAAUCGUCGCCAAUGCUCACCAUACGAGUUCGAAUGUGGAAACUCGGUGUGCAUUCCACGCAAGUUCAUGUGCGACGGCGACAACGAUUGUGGCGACAACUCGGACGAAACCAACGCUCAAUGCCGAACCGCACAGUGCGAGCCUCCACUCCGCUUCAGAUGCGCCCACUCUCGACUUUGUGUCAAUAUUCUUCAACUCUGUAACGGCUACAAUGAUUGUGGACCGAACGACUAUUCGGACGAGCAUUUGAGUAUGUGUUCGUCUUUCAGCGAGUACGGUGAUUGCUCAUCGGAUGAGUUCAAGUGUGCCAAUGGAAAAUGUAUCAAUGCUACAUUGGCUUGUGACAGAAAUGACGAUUGUGGUGAUGCUUCGGAUGAAAUUGGAUGCAGUAAGUUGAUUUUUUAAUUGACAACUAAUGCAAACUAUCGUAUUUUAACUUUUUUUACAUUUUUAUAUAAAUUUGAAAAAAUGUUACUAAAUGUCACAAAAUUAUUGGAUUUUUGUAAGAUGUUGCGAAAUGUCACGAAACGGUUUUGGAAAUUAAGGGAUAGUUAGAAAUGCUAAAGUAUUGAUUUUUGAUGUCUAAAAGUUAAAAUUUUGACAAACCUCAAAAAUCAAUAAUGUUUGUGGCAUUUCGUCAAAAUAUACGAUUUCAAAUAGCUAGAAAUAUCCAGAAAUGUAAUUUUAAAGUCAAGAACAACAAACUUUUUGUAAUUUUACAAUUUAAAAAAAAAUCGAUAGUUUUUGUGACAUUUCGUCAAACUGUCGUUCUUUAAAAUAAUUUUACAAUUUCAGACAAACACAAUGGAAAGACCUGUGCGGCGAACAACGGCGGCUGUAGACAUUUGUGUACGGACGUGGAAGGCGGCUACUAUUGUCAUUGUCGUGACGGCUUCCAACCCAACCCAUUGGACCCACUCGACUGUAUCGAUAUAGACGAAUGUCAAGGCAACAACACCUGUACCCAAGAAUGCAUGAACACCAAGGGAUCCUACAUCUGUCGCUGCUUGGACGACUACGAGAACAACGUGGUAGUAGGAGCGAUGAGCGGAAAGGAUUGUCGCGCCAAAGGCGACUACGCCGAAGUUGUUGUAGCUUCAGACGACCAACUGGUCCAAAUCUCUUUGGCCGGAGCUCAAGGUGUUAACAGGAAUGCAGCAGCUCAUGCUCAGGACGACGAAAGUGACAUUGUGUCGGUUGAGUUUGACCCGAGACGAGAGCUGAUGUACUGGAUCGAUAGUGCUCAGAAGAAGAUCUUCCGAUCGGCUACAGCCAAAGGCAAUCAAAGUCACGAAGGUCAGGCUCUCGACAUUGACUUUGACGGACUGAACAUUGUUCCAACUGCUUUGGCUGUGGACUAUUUGACCGGUAACGUGUACUUUACGGCCAUGUCAAGCGAUACCAACUCGAUUCUGGUGGAGAAGCGGGACACGAAGAAGGUGGAAGAGGAUUCUGAGGUCGAGUCUCGACGAUACAAACGCUUAUCUGAACCCAGAAUCCCAGACACCGGCUCCAUCUGGCUAGCCACCUCGGACGGUCGCUACGUGAAGAAACUCAUCGGAGGCCAUCUACACGUCCCCACCAGCAUCGUCAUCCUGCCAGCGCUGGGCCGUAUCUGCUACUCAGAUGCCGGCUUCGUCGCCAAGAUCGAAUGCUCCGACAUGGACGGUAAUCAUCGUACCAUCAUUGUGAAUCAACUUAUCUUCACUCCAACCUCGCUAGCCGUCGACGAAGGCAAAAACAACCGCAUCUUCUGGUCCGACCCCAAGUUCAAGAAUAUCGAGUCAGUACUGCCAAAUGGCAACAAACGUCAUCUCGUGGUACACUCCGAGCACGCUCCAUGGGCUCUAGAUGUCUUCGAGAAUCACGUGUACUGGGUCUCAAAGGACACACAGACUCUGUACGUUCAGGACAAGUUUGGCCGAGGCAGAAGCCACGUACUGGCUUCAGCAUUGCCAGACGUACAUUCAGUUAGAGUACAACAAAGAUAUGCCAAGGAUGUGAGGAAACAGAACGACCCUUGUGAACAAGCCAAAUGCACUCAUCUAUGUGUACCUUUGGCUAACAAUGCGUUUAGAUGCUUGUGUCCUCAGAAUGUCACCGAAUUGGCGGUAAGAAUUUUUGAUUUUUGAAAGUUUUUUUUCUUUUUAAGGUUAAAUUUAGUUUUUUUUAUAUUUUUGGAUUUAGAAAGAAUGGUUUAUGAAAAAAAUAAGAUCUUUAUAGAAAUUGCAAAGGCUUUGCUUCUUAAAUUUCGUUUUUUUUUCAAAAAAAAAGAAGUUUUAAAAAGUAAAAUUUUGGAAAAAGUAAUUUAAAAAUGUCAAAUUAUUGAACUUGGUCCCCACUGUGGAUUUAUUUUCUGAAAGCUAAGAAUUUGCAAAAAUGUAAUACCAACUUGUUAAAAAACAGUUUUUUAAAAUUUUUUAUUGUAUAGUAGAUGCCAAGUGACAUUCUGGUUACCUGCACUUGCUUUUUUUGAAAAAAUAUUGAAAUUGGUCCUCCCUGUGGAUUUUUUGACGAAAAAUUUUUUUUUGAAAAGUUUUUAUUAAAGUAUGCAUGUACAGUACUAAUUUACUCAUACCUUGACUACCCUAAUAAAUCUUUCUAUUUUCAGGACGGCUCCUGCGCCGGUCUAAAACUCGACUCACGCCCACUCCCCAAGCAGUGCAAAUGUGAGAACGGUGGGCGCUGUCUGUUGAAUGGAAACUGUGAUUGUGGCGAAUUUGAAGGCGAAUUCUGCCAGAAAGGAUCGACCGUAUCAAGACAGCUGAUCGGUCGACUAGGAUCGGGUGGAAUGCUGGCUAUGUUAUUGAUGUUGGCCAUGCUGAUCUGUCUUGGCGUUGUGACUGUUUUGGCUAUGACAAUGUACAAGAAGAGGACAUUGUUCAACAAGAAGAACGAGCUGGCUGAUGGAACGGUGUCGUUCCGUGGCAACGUGAUUUCAUUUGGCAAUCCGGUUUUGGAUAAUAAGGUAGGUGUUAUAUUGUCAUACUCUGUCUUACGUUCUGCUAUACUACUCUAUCCUAUCCUGCUCUAGCCUACCCUAUCUUACUCUACCCUACACUACCCUAUCUUACCUUACUCUAUCAUACUCUACCAUACCUUACCUAUUCUGUUUUACCUAACUUAUGUAUUCUUACCCUAUCCUACAGUAUCUUACCGUACCAAAAUUUUUAUAUUAUUUUGAAAUUUCAGAGUGAAAUCGAGCACGAUGACGACUAUUCAGUAAGUGAGAUCAGUGAACCAACUAGUACCACUACAACGACCUUCACGAACCCAGUAUACGAGCUGGAAGCGGCCCAAGCCAACCUUGAAUCGGCUUCCAACCCCACCGAUACUCCUUCUACUUCACGUGUCUCAAGCCCUUAG